AUGGAAUUUCCCACUCAGCGACGACCGCCACGCUCAGCUCGUCCUGGCCAACACAGCUCGCAGGAGCAACCCCCGCGAAACCAGUUCUUGCCCUCAGAGGGAUCUAGAGGCAACGUAUCCUUUCAAAAUGUAGAGCAGGGCGACCGCCAUAGCGCGCUUGACCAGCAGCGUCAGCGUUCGUUGCCAUCGGCAUACCAGAACAACCAGUUUUCAGCGGACGUAGAGGCAUUGGACAAUGGUGCGGACCCAGCAAGGGUGGGAAGGAAAAAGAGCCUUGUGAGGCCUGACCGUGAAAAGAUAGAGCCUGGCCACAGGCAAUGGCAUUACCGAAGUCAUGUCGCCCAGUUGGAAGAAGAGGGCACGGGCAGACUGGGCGUUAUACCCUCAACAACGGGAAACUAUCCUCAGACGGACUUGCGUAGAGGAAAGUCAAUUCUUGGUCGCGACGAGGAUGUGCACGAGUCAGGUCUUUCCUUGUUCAAGCGCGGCACGACGUUGCGUCGGAAGCGGCAAGUUACCUCGCCAUCGCAGUCACCCAUGCUCCCACAGGAAAAGCAGAGGACGGGGUGCCUGGGCGACUUUGCACCUGGCCCAAAGGGACCAUGGAUGGUAUACUGUUACCUGUUGACAUGCUGGAUCCCUACUCCUCUAAUGCGAGCAUGCGGUCUGCGGAGUCCCGAACAACAGCGCGCUUGGAGGGAAAAGAUGGGGCUGAUUAGCAUUAUUAUGAUCCUCAUGGCGGGUGUUGGAUACAUCACUUUCGGGUUCACCGAGUCCGUCUGCGGUACACCGGCCAAUCGAUACCACGGAGGUGCCAUCGGAGACUCAUACAUCGGCAAGGGCUCCAUCACCAUCCACGGAUAUGAUUACGAUGUUUCCACAUUCAAGCAUCCCGCAGUUGGCACCUUCAAUGGCGAGACGACCAUUCUCGACGACUGGCCGGGCUUGGCGGGUAACGAUGCGUCAUUCUUGUUCCAAGUUACAAACGAGAACUGUCUCGGUAUCAUUACCAAGGCAUCAUCGUCUAGCAUCACUGGAAGCGGCGACACCCUCGACUGGUAUUUCCCGUGCAACAUUUUCGAUCAGGACGGUUCAUCGGGUGUUAACCUUACGGACUAUGAGGAUUCGACAAAUUGUCAUGCGAAUUCGACCGCCCGUUCGGAAUUCAAAUCAAUGAAGGCCCAGGGCGAGGUCUAUUUCACAUGGAAUGACGUUCGCAGUACAACUCGAAAUCUUGCGGUUUAUGAACAGAAUGUCCUUGAUCUUAACCUUCUCAACUGGCUCAGCGGGGCCCAAGUAGAUUACCCGUCAAUCUUCGACGAAAUGAAGACAGCCAACGGUACAUACAAUGGUCGGGAUCUCACUAUGAUGUUGAUGCGCACCAAGCAAGAAGAUAUUGGUCACUGCUUACAAGAUGUCAUCACCAUCGGCUUUAUCGAUACCAACAGUAUCGGUUGCGUUGCAUCCGAUGUCGUUUUAUACCUUUCGCUCAUUUUCAUUGUUGGAGUGGUUGUCAUUCGUUUCGGCAUGGCUGUGUUGUUCCAGUGGUUCUUCUCGUGGAGACUGGGCAACUUUCCCAAGGAAACAUACGACCAACGCAUGCAGCGAUCGCAGGAAAUCGAAAACUGGACUAAUGAUAUUUAUCGGGCCGCUCCCAGCGAGUAUCGACCGAACGUCAGCAAGCAUGGUCUUCGGAGCAAUAAGAAGGGCUUCUUGCCCAGUACUUCUCGCUUCACACCUGCUGAGAAUACACUCGGUAGACCCACGACUGCGUACGGUAUGCUGGAUUCCUCGUCGUCUUCGAAUUACAAGAGGUCGGUUUAUGCGCCGUCUGUGAAGGGCACUGGGAAAGCUCCGGCGGAUUCUGCUAGUUACCGUCCGUCAAAGAGCGUGGUCUCUUUGGGCGAUCGUAGCACGUUCAUCGAGAGCCCGUGUCCCUUCCCUCUGCAUAACGUCGUUCCCCAGCCCCCUCAUGACUUUGAACCGUUCAAUUUCCCUCUGGCGCAUACCAUAUGUUUGGUCACGGCUUACUCAGAAUCCGUAGAGGGUUUGCGCACGACCCUGGAUUCUUUGGCCACGACGGAUUAUCCGAACAGUCACAAGCUAAUUUUGGUUAUCGCUGAUGGAAUGGUCAAGGGUGAUGGGAAUGAUAAGACAACUCCGGACAUCUGUUUGUCCAUGAUGAAGGACCUCGUCAUCGCGGCGGACGAUGUUGAGCCGCACUCUUAUGUCGCCAUCGCUGACGGACACAAGAAGCAUAACAUGGCCAAGGUGUAUGCUGGGUUCUACGAUUAUGAUGAUGCUACCAUCGAGAGGUCGAAGCAGCAGCGUGUCCCUAUGGUCUUGGUCGCCAAGUGCGGUAAUCCUCUGGAAGCCAACGAAGCCAAACCGGGUAAUCGUGGAAAACGGGACAGUCAAAUCGUGUUAAUGGCCUUCAUGCAGAAGGUGAUGUUCGAUGAACGGAUGACUACCUUUGAGUACGAGUUCUUUAACUCGAUUUGGAGGGUAACGGGUGUCAGUCCGGAUCGGUACGAACUUGUGCUUUGUGUCGACGCUGAUACGAAGGUCUUCCCGGAUUCGUUGACGCGUAUGGUAUCUUGCAUGGUGUGCGAUGAGGAGAUUAUGGGCUUGUGUGGUGAGACUAAGAUUGCGAACAAGGCUGAGACGUUUGUGACCAUGAUGCAAGGCAUUUAUUUGUUUUUUUUUAAAUACUACAUUUCUCACCAUCUGACAAAGGCUUUCGAGUCGAUGUUUGGUGGUGUCACUUGUUUGCCGGGUUGUUUCAGUAUGUACAGGAUCAAGGCUCCGAAAGGCGAUUCAGGUUAUUGGGUCCCGAUCAUGGCUAACCCGGAUAUCGUGGAACAUUACUCGGAAAAUGUCGUCGAUACCCUGCACAAGAAGAAUCUUCUGCUUUUGGGAGAGGAUCGGUAUCUUACCACGCUCAUGCUCAAGACCUUCCCUAAACGUAAAAACGUGUUCUGUCCGCAGGCGGUCUGCAAGACGGUGGUCCCUGAUACUUUCCGCAUCCUGCUUUCACAGCGUCGACGAUGGAUCAACUCGACGAUUCACAAUCUGUUCGAGUUGGUUUUGGUACGGGAUUUGUGCGGUACAUUCUGUUUCUCGAUGCAGUUCGUCGUUGGUAUGGAGUUGGCUGGUACCCUUGUUCUACCCGCUGCCAUCGCAUUCACGCUUUAUCUCAUUAUCGUGUCCAUCAUCCCGGGAGGCACGAAUACGACCAUCCCGCUUAUUCUACUCGCCAUCGUGCUCGGUCUUCCUGGUGUCCUGAUCGUUAUCACAUCCCGCAAGAUCGCGUAUAUCGGUUGGAUGUUGGUGUACCUCCUGUCGCUCCCCGUCUGGAACGGUAUUCUCCCUGCGUAUGCUUUUUGGCAUUUUGAUGACUUCUCUUGGGGUCAGACCCGGAAAGUCGUUGGUGAUAAAACGGGUGCUCAUGGGGAUAAAGAGGGGGAGUUUGAUUCGACGCAUAUUGUGAUGAAGAGAUGGGCCGAGUUUGAGAGGGAGCGUCGAUGGAAGAGUGGGACCCAGUCGAGGGACUCUACGUAUGAGAGGAGGACGGAUAGUAAUCGAUACUCUAUUGCUUCGAAUUCGGAUACCUUCCAUCCAUCCUCUGCGGCAUACGAUGGUAGCACGGUGGAGUCUGCCGCUUUCUCCCCACGACAGCGUCAUGAUAGCAAUGCGCUUCUCAUGCUUCCUGCGCCUCUUUCUGUAAAUCGUGCAACGACGUCAUCUGCUGCGUCGUCCGUUGGAGUGUCGCGGUCGAGUGAAGAGAACGUGUACUUGGACGCGGCAGGAUCUGGUUCCAACCUUCGGCUUGUCCCGAGUGUACAAUCUGCCGAUCAAUACAGCGAUUCGUACGAGUCGAGUAAUAAUACGUCGACGGGGGUACAGUCCAAGCGCUAUUCUACACCUCCGCCAGAGCUGCGAUACGAAUCACCUGUUCCUCGUCUAGCAACACAGGGUUUCCGGAGCAACACUUCAUCGGUGGAAGGGCCUAGCGGAAGUGGGAGCGGGAGCAGCAAUCCAUUUUAUACCAUGACAACGUCACCUACGUCUUACGAUGAACACAACCAUCUGUACUCACCAGCGGAAUCGGAGGAUACAGUCGGCGGCGGCGGAUACCGGAGUGGUGCUGUUCGUGGCGGUGUGCGAUUGACUGACAGUGGGCCUGUGCCUCCCCCUGAAGGUGUCCGUCGUGUAUCGAGGCCAGCUGGUGGACGACGGUCUUCGUCUCAAGUGCCUCAGAAUAGGUAUUCACGAAACUCGACGGUGUUUAGUCUUCCGCCUGGUGCUGCGGCGCCUCAGCACGGUUUUGGAAACAAUUAA